AUUUUUUUAUGAGUAAGAUGUUAGAAAUGGUUAGAGGAGGCUAAUAAAUAUAUUUUGAUGUUUUAACGACUUGAAGAACACAUUGAUUUAUAUUUUUGUUUUUUGAACUAUUAAAGAAAGCAAAUUGAUUUGUAAAGGGACUAUUAUAUAAAGCGAAUUGAUUUGUAAAAAGGGACCGGGAAAAAACUAGUACUUUUGGGCCGUUCGCAGGCUCCCAUCUUCUCCCGCAUAAUCUUCCUCCCGCACAUCCCGAUCCUCCAGCUGUGGCAUGGGUCUUGUGCAGUGUUGGUGGGCUGACCAGUUGGGCUAUGGCCUGCUCGCAUAAUCUUCCUCCCGCACAUCCCGAUCCUUCUCUCGGCGGCCCGUUGGUCACGUGACUCAUCCCCCUGUGCUCUCCUCUCGUGGCCUUGUUUCCUGGCGGCGACGGCUGGUCGAGCGGCGCCGCCCUUGGCUAGGUCUUCGCUGGGUCCUUCCCCGGCGACGAGCGUCCAUCUGGGGUCGACUGAACUGAGCAGGCAGUAGGAAGAGACACUAUGUUGUUCUUCUCCUACUUCAAGGAGCUGGUGGGGAAGGAGGUGACAGUGGAGCUCAAGAAUGACUUGGCGAUCCGCGGGACGCUCCACUCGGUUGACCAGUACCUCAACAUCAAGCUCGAGAACACCCGCGUAGUCGACCAGGACAAGUAUCCCCACAUGCUUUCAGUGCGGAACUGCUUCAUCAGGGGCUCGGUGGUGCGGUACGUGCUGCUCCCGCAGGACGGCGUGGACAUCGACAUCCUCCACGACGCCACCAGGAGGGAGGCGCGCGGAGGCUGAUCCUGAUGCGCACCCGCUCCCUCACCUGCUGGCUGCUGCUUCAUCCCCGAUUGUACGAAGCAUGCAUGUACGGUGUGUGGUAGACAGAUGCCCCAGUUUAGUUCUUUGGUGCUUGCCUUGACAUAGAUAUUCCAGGUUGGAUGAUGACCUGAAUCACCUGAUAUAUUAUUGUCAUAUCAUAUGCAAUGUUCUUGCAUGGGGUUGCUAUAUUAUUACCAUAUCGUAUUAUCA